UGGGAUGGAAGAGCCCAAACUUGGAUUUCCGGGUGUCUGCGUGUGUCUGUCUGUGUGUAUGUGCUAACCCUAGCAAGAGUCCAGUGCUUUCUAAACAAGCUAGAGGUCUGUGCUCUUCGGUGUCUGUAGGUCCGUCCCAUCUGAAUGCUUCUGAUUUUCUACCCCCGUAUCACUUUCUAUUUCUCUGCAGCGUCCAUCGAUCGCCCUGGUGGGAGCUUAGAAGGCGGCAGGCGAAGAGGGGUAGGAGGGGGGAGAGCCGAGGAGAAGCAAAAGGGGUGGCAGGCAAGGGGAUCUGCUGAGCUGGCUCUGCACCCGGUCCUAGGAGGGUCGCAGAGGGGAGGGGAGGCCAGGGUGACCCCCGAAUGGAUGGCCGGGUCCGCUAGAACGGCACUGCGUUAAGACACCUUCCAGCAGGAAGAAAUACCAACCCUCCCCCCCCCCCCACGACAAAAAGCUGCACCCGGGCUGCAGGCGAGGGGGGAUUCCAAACUGAGCAAAAGACAGGGUAGAGGGGAAGGUAAGGAGAAGGGAAGUCAUAGAUCUCUCCACCUGCUGGUUUUGAAGCCCCUCCCCCUGAACGUGGGGGGAGUCGCGCACUCCGGUGGGGGGGGCGCUUGGGUCCCCCCCACCCCUCCUCUCCCGCUGCUUCCCACCCCCGGCCCUCUCCUGGUCUCUCACCCCUGUGCCCCGCUUCCACCAUGACGGUGAUGUCCGGAGAGAACGUGGACGAGGCUUCGGCCGCCCCGGGCCACCCCCAGGAAGGCAGCUACCCCCGGCCGGCGGAGCACGAUGACCACGAGUGCUGUGAGCGCGUGGUGAUCAACAUCUCCGGGCUGCGCUUCGAAACGCAGCUCAAGACCCUGGCGCAGUUCCCUAACACACUGCUGGGCAAUCCUAAGAAACGCAUGCGCUACUUCGACCCCCUGAGGAACGAGUACUUCUUCGACCGCAACCGGCCGAGCUUCGACGCCAUCCUCUACUACUACCAGUCGGGAGGCCGCCUGCGGAGGCCGGUCAACGUGCCCCUGGACAUGUUCUCCGAGGAGAUCAAAUUUUACGAGCUGGGCGAGGAGGCCAUGGAGAAGUUCCGGGAGGACGAGGGCUUCAUCAAGGAGGAGGAGCGCCCCCUGCCCGAGAAGGAAUACCAGCGCCAGGUGUGGCUGCUCUUCGAGUACCCUGAGAGCUCGGGGCCCGCCCGGGUCAUCGCCAUCGUCUCCGUCAUGGUCAUUCUCAUCUCCAUCGUCAUCUUUUGCCUGGAGACUCUACCUGAGCUGAAGGAUGACAAGGACUUCACAGGCACCGUGCACCGCAUCGACAACACUACGGUGAUCUACAAUUCCAACAUCUUCACGGACCCCUUCUUCAUCGUGGAAACCCUAUGCAUCAUCUGGUUCUCCUUUGAGCUGGUGGUGCGCUUCUUCGCCUGCCCCAGCAAGACAGACUUCUUCAAAAACAUCAUGAACUUCAUCGACAUUGUGGCCAUCAUCCCUUAUUUCAUCACCCUAGGCACCGAGAUAGCCGAGCAGGAGGGAAACCAGAAGGGCGAGCAGGCCACUUCGCUGGCCAUCCUCAGGGUCAUCCGGUUGGUAAGGGUUUUUAGAAUCUUCAAACUCUCCCGCCACUCUAAGGGCCUCCAGAUUCUGGGCCAGACCCUCAAAGCUAGUAUGAGAGAGCUAGGGCUGCUCAUCUUUUUCCUCUUCAUUGGGGUCAUACUGUUUUCUAGUGCAGUGUAUUUUGCCGAGGCGGAAGAAGCUGAGUCGCACUUCUCCAGUAUCCCCGAUGCUUUCUGGUGGGCGGUGGUGUCCAUGACCACUGUAGGAUACGGUGACAUGUACCCUGUGACAAUUGGAGGCAAGAUCGUGGGCUCCUUGUGUGCCAUCGCUGGUGUGCUGACAAUUGCCCUGCCCGUACCUGUCAUUGUGUCCAAUUUCAACUAUUUCUACCACCGAGAAACUGAGGGGGAAGAGCAGGCUCAGUUGCUCCACGUUAGCUCCCCUAAUUUAGCCUCUGACAGUGACCUCAGUCGGCGCAGUUCCUCUACUAUCAGCAAAUCUGAGUACAUGGAGAUCGAAGAGGAUAUGAAUAAUAGCAUAGCCCAUUACAGACAGGCCAAUAUCAGAACUGGCAAUUGCACCACAGCUAACCAAAACUGCGUUAAUAAGAGCAAGCUACUCACCGAUGUUUAAAAAGCCAAUCAAACUAAAAAAAAGCCCCACUUAGCAGCUUGAAAGACUUAAAAAAAAAAAAAGAACAAAAACCUAGUGACCCACGUCACUGUUUGUAGAUACUUUACUAAAUAGCCUUUGAAUGCUCUGUUUAACUGUCAAUGCAUUGUUGCAUUGAGGAUGGGGGGGGGGGGAUGGUGAACCAGAAGCUUUCAAGAUUCAUGCAAAAAGAAACUAUUUUCAUUUUAUUAAAAAAUGGGAAAAGAAAGUGUAUUUUCUAAAACUGGUUUAAAACAAUUCAGUCCACGAGCUAGUCUAGGUAAAAUAAGAUUCAUAUGCUUCCCCAUACCGAAACAUUUUUAAUCCUUUGGCUUCUUUAACUUUUUUCUUUUACUAAAAACCAGACGAUCACUUAGAAAUAUAAAAUUUAAAUUUGCAUGGGACUCCAUUAUAAAACUUUUGCAAACUGCACAGCACAUUUAAGACAGUGCAUCUGAUGUAUUAUAUGUAACAUGAUAUACCAGCCAAAAGGGGCAAUGAACAAAUGUAUUUGUGUUGAUCAUCCCAACCGUAUAUUACAAGGUGAAAACCCCCACAAGUGCACAUACAUGCACGCAAAAUUAUUUAAGACUGGUUCAUAAAGCACCUUAUACAUCUGAUACUGGUCCUGGUCUGCAGGGAUUUUCCCUCUGCCCCAUUUCCCCUGCUCAUCCAUACUAUUCUCUAAGAAAAAAGAACACUGAAGUAAAUUAACUGGUUCGUCUGCAGUGCUGCUAAAUUUCUCAACUGCAGGUGAGCCAAACACAGGUCUUUUCUCACCAGUCCUGCACCCUGACCCCUGGCCUCCAGAACUGGAUGUAAAAUCUUAGCCUCCUUAUUGCAAGAGAGCACAAAUGGAACUAAAUGUAAGCAUGUUUGAAUCUGAUCAUAUUUAUUUUAUAAUCGCAUGCCAAGAACGUUAACUCAGACAAUAGGGGAUAAGCUUACGUUGGGAUCAACUCUUCUAAAAAUAGAUCCUUUUUUCAUUUGCAUUCACCGAAAGUGCACUCCUUCAUUUAUUAACUA